AGUCCCGCCCCGGGGCGGCCGAGCCCGGUGGGGCGGUGGGUUGGGGAUGGUCCCGUGUCUCCUUCUCGAAGGAGAAGGCAGCGGAUAGAGCCCACCCCCGCGGCCGGAGCGGCUUCCUUGCUGCCCAGCCCGGGAUGCGGCUGCUUCCCCCCGCGCUCGGCGCAUCCCCGGGGCCCGCCCGGCUCGGAGGGGUCACCCCAGGUACGGCCGCACCGCCCCGACACCCGCUCCGUCACGGGCAGCCCGCCCUUGUCUCUCCAGGGAUCGAACCUGGGCUUCGUCAUUCCUCCUGGAAAAAUGGCAGCGGCGUUGUAUUUCUCCGUGACAUCCCGCUGCUCCUGAUGAAUAGGCCGAUUUUCCUUGGGGAGCCGCAAAAUCCUCCCUCUGUGCGGUUCGUAGCACCGCAGACCUCCCGAGUGCCACCGCGGCCUCCUCAGCCAAAGAUUUCAUCCCACCUUUCUGUAAGUGCACGGUGCUGUCUGAUCCUUAGGAUUCAGGAUACUCCAAGGAAAUUCCCCAGUAGAACAGGUUUGCCAGUGAAGGCACCAAUGGAAAUGUGGACCAACAGCACUGAGAGAUUUUACAGAAUUCCUGAAGGAAAGGGGCCACACUCGGUUGGAUGUACGGACCUGAUGACAGAAAAUGCAGUUGAGGGAAGCUUCUUGCGCCUGUAUUACCCAGCACGUGAUGCCACAGAUACUGAGGAGGCACGAUGGAUUCCAGAUCGAGAAUACUAUCAGGGACUCUCUGACUUCCUUAAUAUGUACCGGAUUGUAGGAGAAAGGCUUUUCCAUUACUACGUUGGUUCAGUGACCUGUCCUGCAAAGUCAAAUGCUGCCUUUAAGCCAGGAGAAAAAUAUCCACUUCUUAUUUUUUCCCAUGGACUUGGAGCUUUUCGGACAAUCUAUUCUGCUAUUUGCAUAGAGAUGGCUUCUCAGGGCUUUAUAGUGGCUGCUGUCGAGCACAGAGAUGAAUCUGCUUCAGCAACAUAUUAUUGUAAAAGAAGGUCCGUUUCUGAAUCACAGGAAGAAUCUACAUCAAACAUGGAGAAGGAGUGGAUCUACUACAGGAAACUGAAAACUGGAGAGGAGGAGCGUUGCUUGCGCCAUAAGCAGGUGCAGCAAAGAGCACAGGAGUGUAUCAAAGCUCUCAAUCUCAUUCUUAAAAUCAGUUCAGGAGAGGAAGUAACAAAUGUACUACAUUCAGACUUUGACUGGAACAGCCUAAAGGAUUCUGUUGAUACUAGCAGAAUAGCUGUGAUGGGACACUCUUUUGGUGGUGCUACAGUUAUUGAGAGUCUCAGCAAAGAAAUAAGAUUCAGGUGUGGCAUUGCCCUCGAUGUGUGGAUGCUUCCUGUAGGUGAUGACAUUUACCAGAACAGUGUCCAGCAACCGCUGCUUUUUAUCAACUCUGAAAAAUUCCAGUGGGCUGAUAACAUCUUAAAGAUUAAGAAGCUCAUCUCCAAUGACGCAAACAAGAAAAUGAUCACUAUCAAGGGGUCAGUACAUCAGAGCUUUCCUGACUUUACCUUUGUAAGCGGAGGAAUUAUUGCAAGAUUUUUCAAAUUAAAAGGAGAAAUAGAUCCAAAUGAAGCUAUUGAUAUCAGCAAUCAUGCUUCAUUGGCCUUCCUGCAGAAACAUCUAAGUCUUAAGAAAGAUUUCGAUAAGUGGGAUUCACUUGUGGAUGGCAUAGGACCCAAUGUUAUUCCUGGAAGCAAUAUUGACAUAUCUCCAGCUGAACCCGAAUAAGGAAUACAAAGAAGUACUGAAAAUCCCAUGGACAUCAGGACACUAAUGCUGGCCAGACAUUGCUCAGACAUGGGGUGGCAUUAAACACCUACACAGCUUUUGGGGUGUGGAAUAAAAAAAAAAAAAAGGCAUUAAGUUACAUUACCAUAAAACCAGAGGUUUUGGUUCAAAUGAGUUAGUAGGAUAAUAGUGAAUGGAUAGUAGGAUAAUACUGAAAUACUGCAACAGGGUAACUUCUGCUUUGUAGGCAGCUUGGGGGAAAUCACUUCAUGGUAAUUUAAAUGCUCUUUCUGGUUUUGACCUAAGUCAAGUCUGCGGAGAGACAGAUUAAGCUCCAAGGAAUACAGCUACAGUUCUGCUUACCAAGCUUUAAGUCAGUUUGCAUCCAGCAA